AUGUCGGCGAUCCGAUGGAACCCAUGGGGCGUCAACUACGCCGGGAAGGAGAUCGAGCAGAUGCAAUUCGUGCACCGCGUAUACCUCGAGGCGAUGGGCAUCGAGGCCAUCGACCUGCCGCCGACGCUGCAGAUGAACGCGACGUUCACGGCCCCGCUCUACGUGCCGACGAAGGCGUCCUUUGACGAGCACACGUUUGUACGGCAGAUGCAAGGCGUCGUGGGCUUGCUGCGGCAGCCCGCGGAAGAGAUCAUCUCGUGCAUCUGCGGCUACCAAAAGGAGCGCGCGGACCGCUUCCAGUUUGGCUCGGCCUACAUGAACGACCCGCGCACGCUGCUGCUGGAAGAGAUCAAGGAGUGGGCCAUGUCGCGGCUCGCGCCGGCGUCGUGCACGACCGAGUCGGUCGAACGCGACGUCGAGAAGCGCAAGAACUACAUCACACAGCUGCAGUACGUGGGCGGCGACCUCUUUGCGCCCGGCAGCGGCGAGCGCUCGCUGCUCAAGACGCUCAAGGACAUUCGCGAGAUCUUGGAAAACCGCGUGCUGCCGACGAUUGCUUGCGAGCGCGCGCAGGCGAGUGCGAAGGACCAUUUGACCGUCGUCGAGGCGCGCGCUACGGACGCGCUCAUCCACGGCGUCCAGUUCCUCUUCAACGUCUUCCGCAACACGAGCAAUGCGCCGGCCGACUGCACGAUCACCAACCUCCAGUCGCAACAACACAGCGCCAUGAAGGACGCGAUGAACUCCAAGUCGGGCCAGAUGCUGCAGCUGCUCUUGUCGACGCCGUCGUUCUGCAAGCUCUUCCCCGAGAGUCACCACCACGUCACUGGCGGCGAGAGCAAGCUCAUGGCGUUGACAAGCGAACAGCAGCUCCAGAUCCAGUCGGAUGCGGUUUUUUGCGACUCGGCCGCAACGGCGAUCGUUCCAGCGAUCCUCACGCCCAAGGAAAUGACCCCCAAGGCCUUUUUAACGCAGAGCAACUCGGGCGUCAUUACGUUUUUAACCCCCGAGGACUAUGACAUGUACACCAAGAUGCACGGGCUCCUCAAGCUGCUCGCCGACCUCGUCGUGUCGUGCCGCCAAGCGCGCCUCCUCGCGGGCACAGGCGGCGACCUUCUCGUCUACGGUCCUGGCGGCGCCCACCUCCGCCUCCUCCUUGAGACCAUGCAGGCGGUGCAAAUGGAGAUUGUGCAGUGCGCGACGACGCUCAAGCAGCGCGGCGUCAACGAGCUCGAUAAGCUCCGGUCGUCGUACAGCGAGAAGAACUGGCGCGUCUGCUUCUCCCGCGUUUUAGCUCUCGAGACGUACCUCGCCAACGACGUGUCUGCGUGCAACGACCCGAUCCGCAAGAUUUGCGAGGCGACGUCGCCGGCCUAUGUCCUCCAGCAAGCCAAGGAAUUCAAGGCCCAGACGAGCAAGUGGGUCGUUGAGAACGCGAGCGCUUGUAGCCACAUUGCCGAUACGCUGCAUCUCAAGGGCCUCCCGCCGAUGCCCCAGAUUACGUCGAGCCAGCUCCGCACCAUCACGGCGGGCUAGAGAGAGAGAGUGGCGACAAGCAUCAGCUCCAUGCUGUUAUUUUAUGGUGUGAUUUCCGCGACUUGAUAAUUACGGUGUCAAGUUGAGCUUUGCCGUCAGGAGAACAGCGUGCACA